CAGUGCCACGGAGCCAUCUCCCCCGGCCUCUAUCUCUAUCUCUCUCGUCUUGUCUUGGCCUCCUUGCCUUCUCCCCCCUCCGUGCCGUGGCCAGUGGGUGCUGUUGCAAGUUGCAACUUGUCCCUCCCAACCCAAGGCAGCAAGCAAAGCACAGCAGUGCUGUUGCUUCACGCCCGGCAGGAGCAGCGACGAGCCGACGAGAACAGCCAAGGAGAGAUCUGCAGACCGGUCGGUCGAUCGAGAUGAAGAGCCGGAGGCAGAGCAGCGGGGGCAGCUCGGGCGCCUGCGCCGCGGGGGAGAGGAACGCGCACAGCAGCGGCGGGGGGUGCAAGCUGGAGAGGAAGGACGUGGAGAAGAACCGGAGGCUGCACAUGAAGGGCCUCUGCCUCAAGCUCUCCUCCCUCAUCCCUCCCGCCGCCGCCACCACGCACGCCUCCCUCCUCUCCGACGCCGCGUCGGCGGCGGUGUCCUCCAAUCCCGGCAACAAGCAGGACGCGGUGACGCAGCUGGACCAGCUGGACAGCGCGGCGGCGUACAUCAAGCAGCUCAAGGAGCGGAUCGAGGCGCUGAAGCAGCGGAAGGCGGGCUGCUGCAACGGCGGCGGCGCGGCCACGGAGGCUGCAACGGCGGCGGCCGGGUCCACCGGCGGCGGCGGAGGCGUGCGCAUGCCGGUCAUCGAGGUGCGGUGCCAGGACGGGACGCUGGACGUGGUGCUCAUCAGCGAGGCCGCCAGGCCCUUCAAGCUGCACGAGGUCAUCACCGUGCUGGAGCAGGAGGGCGCCGAGGUGGUCAGCGCCAGCUUCUCCGUCAUCGGGGACAAGAUAUUCUACACCGUCCACUCGCAGGCGCUCAGCCCCAGGAUCGGCGUCGACGCCGCCAGGGUCUCCCAGAGGCUGCACGCGCUGCUGCUUGCUCCGACGAUCCUCGUCUGAGCUGAGAGAGACCUCCAGACCACGGCCUAUGCAACCACCGUGCUAAUGGCGUAGUAGUACUCUAGUAUAGUACUAGUACUGUAUGAGUUGGUAGUCAAAGCUGCAGCCUGCAGCAGAGAGCGGUGCAGUAGCGGGGAACUAUAAACCGCCGGCGCAUUCUUGCUGGUUUCUUUGCAGUUGUGCAUAUUUAGGAGCGAGCAAAGUAAACACAGGCUGCCUUUUUGUUUUUGUUUUUGUCUCUCCCACCUCUUCGAACCAGUAGACUACUACUGCUACUACUUGUGUCUAUCAGUCUAUGCUCGGAUCCAGUGUUAAUUGUUUUACCAGAAAUAACUACAGUUUUGCUU